AUGGAUUCUUCUUUAAGGUCUCAUUAUCCGACUCAAGAAGCUCCUCAUCGCGCCCUCCAGUGCAGCGACAUCCUUCAUGAGAUCUUCCAGCAUCUCUACUCUCUCAGAUUUGGCGAGGCCAAGCACCUUCAGUAUACUUUGGCGCAAACUGCACGGGUCAGCAAGUUGUUCUCGCAACAUGCUCUAGAUUUUCUCUGGAAGGAGAUUCCAUCUGAGCGCACUGCACUCAAUAUCCUGCCUUCCUUCAAGGCCAUCUGUGAACCCAUCAGGUCAGACCAGCUCAUGGAGACCUGGUGGCCCUCAGUGGCUAUGCUCGAACAAUGGACAUAUGUGCGCAUCUUUCAUUCGAGAUCAGUUGAUAUUUCGUGUGUCUUAAAGUUUGUCCUGAGCCAGUCAAUCGGACGGGAGCCUACGCUCGAUGAGCUGGAUAGACUCCGUCAGUACACCGUGCGUGUGCGCAAGGUGUUUUUGAGGGAGAAAGAUCAGCGGAACACCCGCAGCCAGACAAUACGGCACAUUCUCGGGCUACUAGGUGAACCCCUCUUCCCCAACCUUGUGAGCCUGGUCUGGGAAAACUUCGAAGCCACAUGCGAGAGUACAGUAGUUGAAAUCUUGUCAUGCAUAGCCACCGCGACACUGCGCCAUCUCCGGCUCAAUCAUUUCUCCUCGAGCCCACAACAAGACGAGUUUGAGCGAGCAUUGCUGGCUGCUUCAUCCAUCCUCAUCUCAAAAUCACCUGAUAUUAGGCACGUCGAGCUUCGAGGAACUUCGUGGAACGUGUCAUAUGCAGCGCCAUUGAUUAGCUCGCUCAAGGCCCUUGACGUUCUCUCCCUCUAUCCUCCCGUUCAUCCUCAACAAGCCAUCGCCCUGCUGGAGGCUGGCCAUGACAUGACCAGUCUCAGCCUCAAUUUGCUUUCAUACCACCCCACCGAAGCCUGGCCUUCCAGUCGAAUAUGCUUCCGUAAUUUGCACAGAUUGUGCGUCACGGGGGACCCUCUUGUAGUCAGCCGCAUCCUUGGAACAUCCGAGUGGCCCGCCGUCAGGAUUCUCAAAGCGAUUAUCAUUAAAGCCAACAAAUCGUCACCUCCGCAGCAUAAGAUGCUGCAAUGCCUCGAGAGCAUUGCCCGAGCAUUCUCGAACUCCCUGUGGCAAGUCUCCUUAGCCACGCGUUUUACAAGCGACAUGACACUCAAACAGAUCCUCUGGCCGCUCCGUGAUCUGCAUCUUCUCCGCGUUAUCGACAUAAACCUCCCCAAAGUUCCGCCCUGCUCCUCCAAUGACUUUCGCGAAACUGGAUUCGCCUGGCCAAAGCUGGAAGAAUUUCACCUCACCGGCAUUUGGACGCCCGACUUCGACCAAGGUCUGCAGGCGGUGCUUGAGCUAGCAUCCGUCUGUCCGCAGCUCUGUAUCGUCAAUUUACCUGCGAUGAGGCUCGUGCCUGCCUCCGAACUCAACACGUACAAUCUGUCGUCACAUGGUUUAGAGCACGUCUACUUCCAUGGUUCGUUGAGGGACAAGCCAUAUAACGAUGACUUUGGCCCAGAUGAAAUGUGGCAACUGGCAAUCCUCUUUGAGUCUAUUUUCCCGAAAUUGCAGUUGGGUGAAUCGUGCACGCCGAAGGGAAAGUCAUUGCAGCAGGACUGGAAGAGGCUUUUAGAGGAUAUGAGCUCGGUUCGGCGUCGAGAAUGCAACUCCUAG